GGGUAUUUGAUGAAAUUAAAUUUUAUUUCUGAAGUAUUUGAAUUGACCGCGAAAAUUGUGGCGCGGUAGAUGCGACGCAGUGGAUUUCUAGUGUGGCACCGGCGAAGACGGCGUGUUGUAUUAUCCUGGUGAAUUUCCAGGGCGAAUGCCAUAAGAAUUGAAUAAUCUGACAAUCCGAUUGAGGAGAUAAAGAGGAUUGAGAAAUGGAUUCGAUUCAAGCUGGUGCACUCUCUGGUGCUGACAGAGAAGAAUUCAUGCAGGAGGUGAAACAGCAAAUUGCUGUUGCCAAUGCCCAGGAGUUGCUCACGAAAGUCACGGAGAAGUGCUUCAAGAAGUGCGUCACAAAGCCAGGAACUUCCCUUGACAGCUCUGAACAGAAAUGCGUGGCAAUGUGUAUGGACCGAUAUAUGGAUGCAUUUAACGUCGUCUCGAGGGCGUACAGCCAAAGACUACAGAGAGAACGUAAUCGAAUGUAAAUAGAGGAAAUCAAUUGACAAAUUGUAAGGGACGGGGUCUAUUAUUCACUGGAGGCUGAAUAAAAAUUGUUGAAUUGUAAAAGAAAAACUGUCACUGCCUGAAAAAAAAUAUAUAACUGCCACACAAGUGGAAAAUUCGACAAAAUCUCAACUUUUUUAGUUUAAGAGAAAAAUUAUAGCGAUUAUCUGUAAAUACACUGUUUUAUUUCAGCUGAAAUUACAAUCAUUACAAUGACCUUUACAAUUACACUCGUAGGAACAGCAUCGUUAAAUCUACCAAUUGUUUGCACACAAAUUCUUAAAUAAAUCCAAAUAAUUUCCA